AUGUCAAUCAAAUGGGUUGUAUUGAUUGCGGUUGUUGUUGUCGGAGCAAAGGAAUCUUCAGCUGGGCCUUAUUUCCGUCGCGACGUUUUAGAUAAUGCCUUCGACAGCCCGGAUGGAUUGCUUUCGCAUUUGUCACAUUUAGAGCGACAGCUUUAUGCGGAUCCUAGUAAUGAAACAGGAUUAAAGGUGUCUCAAUGGCACGAAGGACUGGGAGUAAAUCCAGAGGAACUUGGAGAAUAUGUUGAGGGUGAUAUUCUAUUUCCGAGUUCAAUGUCAAGGAAUGGUCUUAAAGCAUCUUCUGCUCGAUGGCCCGAUGGAGUAAUUCCUUACAUAAUCAGUCCAUUUUUCAAUGAAGAACAGCAAAAUGUAAUUCAGGAAGCAAUGGCUGAUUAUCAUAGACACACGUGCAUUCGAUUUAAACCUUAUGCUGGAGUAGAAUCAGAUUACAUAAGAAUUACCGCUGGAAAUACAGGAUGUUGGAGUAGCGUUGGAAGAAUUGGCGGACGUCAGGAUAUAAAUCUUCAGGUGCCUGGCUGUAUUUACAAAAAAGGAACCGUAAUUCAUGAAUUGAUGCAUGUUGUUGGAUUUCUGCAUGAACAGAGCAGAUAUGAAAGGGACGAAUUUGUCAUUGUGCAAUGGCAGAAUAUUUUACGAGGUCAUGAAGUGAAUUUUGAAAAAUCUUCGAGGCAAACGACGGAUGCUUUUGGGAUUGGCUACGAUUAUGCCAGCGUGAUGCAUUAUUCGCCGAAUGCUUUUUCGAAAAAUGGGCAGCCAACCAUAAUUGCGAGGGGAGCAGCCAUUGAGGUUCUAGGUCAGCGAUCAGGAUUUAGUAAGAGGGACAUUCAAAAAAUCCGAAGAAUGUACAAGUGUGGAACUAGGAGGGAAAGUUUCAACGAUUUCUUAUUUUACUAA